AUGGAUUUUUCCAAAUAUGGUUUCAAGAAUCCACAGAAAUGGAUUAGUGGGUGGUUCUUUAACUUUCUGUGAGAGUCAAUGCAACAACAAAGAAGAAGAACUCUUAAGAGUUAAAGACAAACUCUCACAUUCAGAUGGUUUUGAAGAUUAGUGUAAAAGCUAAAAGCAACAUCUUGGGUCUGAUCAUACACACACUCACUUGCUCUCUAGACUCCAGGUCACACCAGCAGAAAAAGUAUCUCUGACUCUGAGUCAAUCUUUCUUUCUUUACCUUUCCGUUUCUUUUGAGCUUAAAACCUGUGGGGGAAUCUAUAAUCCAAUCUCCACCUCAGUAAAUGCAUCAAAAGCAAAAGAAAAGGUAUUGGAAAAAAAAAAGAGCAACAUAAUCACACUGUUGGUAUACCACCUUGAAUCCGUGGAUCACUACUAAACCAUUGGCAAUGAUAUUUCCAUAUUUAGUAAAAAAAAAAAAAGAUUCCCAUGAACUGUAUAUGCCACUUAGUUCUCAUAUUUGAAAAAAAAUUAAAGAAUCUUAAGUUGAUGCAGUUUUUAGUGAACGCGAAAGGGCACAUCAUUGGGCAAAGGAACACAAGGUAGUAAAGUAGUGACAUAGAUCUGAUUUACACAAUCUAACACUAUAAAUAGACUCAACAUUGUUAUAACAUCAAAUCAAAAACAACCAUUGAGUUCCCUCUUACACUCUUCAUCCAAAUGGAAAGCAUAAGAAGUUUAGUAGCAGAGAAACCAGUGGUGAUAUUCAGCAAAAGCAGUUGCUGCAUGAGCCAUUCAAUCCAAACACUGAUCUCAGGGUAUGGUGCAAAUGUGACAGUCUACGAGCUUGACCAGUUGUCUAACGGCCAGGAGGUGGAGAAAGCAUUGGUACAAAUGGGGUGUAAGCCGAGUGUGCCAGCUGUGUUCAUAGGGGAACAGUUAAUCGGUGGUGCUAACCAGGUGAUGACCAUUCAUGUCAAGAACCAACUAGCUGCAUUGCUAAGAAGAGCCGGAGCUAUAUGGGUUUAAAGAUUGAGAAGAAUCUAUAUACUACUUGUUUUGCCUUUUUUCGGGUUUUCGAGUUUCUACUACAAUGCACUGUCAAGUGUAGUAGUCCCACACACACAAACCCUGGUGCUCUAAAGAUCAAGAACUUGUGUAUUAUAAUAAUAUCAUACUUGUUAUAUCAGCAAAUGCUUAUUCAUAACUAACAGAGAAACGUUUGCUUUUUUUUUUUGAUUAAUCUUUGUUUUAACAAAAUGAAAAGGCAUUUUAUUCAA